AUGACUGGUUAUGGCGCGUUGCUGGUUUUGUGUCUAGCCGCUGUUGCUCUCUAUCGCAUUCUUCGACAUCGUUCUCAGCUUCCUUUACCUCCGGGUCCACCAGGACUGCCGUACAUAGGAAAUGCAUUACAAAUGCCUGCUGAUCAAUCAUGGAAGGCCUUCACACAAUGGGCGCAGGUAUAUGGCGAUGUCAUGCAUUUGUCAGUAAUGGGUCGGGACUUCGUUGUCCUUUCUUCACCUGAGGCCGUUUCUGAUUUGCUGGAGAAACGGAGUGCCAUAUAUUCCGAUCGUCCUGUUAUGCCCAUGCUAGGUGAAAUGAUGGGGUACAAUCAACUCAUCCCACUAUCCCCAUACGGUGCACAUCAUCGCGACUGUCGCAAACUCUUGGUCAGUGGAUUGAGUCCACGAAAUGAGCCCGAAUAUAAUAUGGUACAAGCGGCCAAGACGCUUGAAUACCUCCCGAAGAUUUUGGCAGAUUCUAAGCGCUUUAGAUCUCAUAUUCGAUGCCUUGUUGCGAGUACUGUCUUCCAGAUCACCCAUGGAUAUGGAGUAGCGAAUUUAGACGACCCCAUGACCCAGUUGGCCGAGCAAACUAACGACGACUUUUCCCGAGCAGCCACACCUGGUGCAUUCCUUGUCGAUGCUUUCCCAAUUCUCCAAUAUGUUCCGGACUGGUUCCCUGGGGCGGGAUUCAAAAGGAAGGCAAAAGAGUGGCGCAAAUCAUCAGACAAGCUGAGAAACGAACCAUACGAAAUGGUGGAGCAGCAAGUGAUCGAGGGGACUGCAUCGCCAUCUUUCACGGCAGACUUGAUUCGAUCGAAAGAGGGCAUUACUCCAGAAGAUCAGUAUAUACAGAAGUGUGCAUCUGCCUCGUUCUAUGUCGCUGGUGCAGAUACGACUGUGUCCGCAAUGGAGUCAUUCUUCCUCGCAAUGUCCUUAUACCCUGAAGUACAGAAGAAAGCGCAGGAGGAGAUCGACUCUUUGGUGGAACCAGGACGACUGCCCAACUUCAGCGAUCGCUCGAAGCUGCCGUAUUUGGAUGCUCUGCUGAAAGAAAUCCAUCGAUGGAAUCCUGUGGCACCCCUGGCCCUUCCGCAUAGAGUUACUGAGAACGACAUCUACCGCGGAUAUCGCAUACCAGCUGGAGCUACCAUCCUAGCCAACAGCUGGGCGAUUCUCCAUGAUCCCGCUCGGUAUCCGAGUCCCUUCGAUGUCAUACCUGAACGGUACCUCUCCAAAACUAACGAGCAUCUUAACCCUGAUCCUCGUCCGUUCGAGUUUGGUUAUGGACGACGUGUGUGUCCAGGGCAAUUAUUUGCAGAAGACUCGCUGUUCAUUUUUGCGGCAAUGGUUCUUUCCACCUUCAACAUUUCCAAAGCCUCCAAUCCCGAUGGCAAGACAAUUGAGCCAGAAGUGGAAUACACUGGCGUAAUCAGGUGGGCUACAGUUUCUAUGGUCAACUUUGUGUCUACAAUUGUAUCGCUGAGUAUAGUUCUCAUCCUCACCUGGAUCAAGACGUACGCAAUCCGUAAACAUAUCUCUUCUAUGGGUCAAAGUGGGAAGAGCCUGUCAAAUUUGUGCGCCAGAGAUGGUUCCAUAUAUUUUGUGAUCCUGCUCAUUAUGACCAUCUUUAAUCUCGUAGCAACAACAUAUCAGGCAAUCGGGGAUGUUACUGUCCUUGAACUCGCUGUAAGCCCGAUUUUGAUUUCCAGAUUCCUCCUGGACUUGCGCGGCGCGGACACUGCGAGACGCAAUCAUGUCGACACUGACGAGGCCCUUGCCUCGACAGUAAGCGAAGAUACACCGGAGUCUCUCUGCUUCUCAAGUGCAGUAGUGGGGAACCUCGAAGCGCCCCUCACGAGUUUUUUCGCCGAUGACGAAGAUCAACAAGAACACGAAGAGCUGCCUUGCGAUUUGACAGAUUCUCCCUCUGGAGGAUUGGCUGAAAACAGUAUUAAACACGAGGACACCGUACAUCUAGACGUGGACUAUACCUGUGAAGCAUAA